AUGGAUCCCCGCUCUGCCGACCCAUCAUUACAGAAGACUUCGCCAACACAUGGAUCCAGCGGCUCUCCUGGAGAACACUGGCCCGGUAUGAACAUUGCACAAUUAUUAUUAUGGCUCAAGCAGGGCACCCGGUCGUUGGAGGAAUACAUCAGAGAAUAUUUGGAUGUUGCAUAUGGUUCAGAUCUGCCAGACUGUGUACUGAUAGACUUUUUCUGUGAGGGUGUUAACCAGCCACUUAAAAAACAACUCAUUCGUGAGGGACCCCGUUCAUCUCUAAGUCAGUUUCUGGAUUAUGCUUUAUUGAAUGUGGGCUCUCCCUUUACUGUGGGUGUCGCGGAGGAAUGCGACACCUCGUCUGGUCGUGUAAUGGCUGCCGCGCCAGAUGACACUCACAAAAUGGCGGCCACCACUACUACAAUUCCAAGUCAAGUCCAAGUUAAACUUCCCGAGUCACGUCCCAUCUCCACUGAUCUUCUAGAUCUACAUCACGUCUCUGGAUCUGUUUGGGAGCGGUGUGGGUUGCGUUCCAGUGUGGCUGAUCCACCGCUGACUUCAGCACGAGCGGCUGGCAUUCCUAAGCCUCCGCCGGCCGCUUCGCACUCAAGCUCGCCGGUGGCUACGCACUCAAGCUCGCCGGUUGCUGCGCACUCAAGCUCGCCGGUUGCUACGCACUCAAGCUCGCCGGUUGCUACGCACUCAAGCUCGCCGGUUGCUACGCACUCAAACUCUCUGGAUGCUAUGGACAAGAUGGCCGCUUUGCCAGUGCCCACGGGCAAGAUGGCCGCCCCGCCAGUGUCUGGGAACAUAGGGGUCGUCCCAGCCAGUGAGUCCGCUCCACCCCGUGAGCCCGCUGCAGCGCCCACCGAGGAGGUAGGCACAGAGCCACCGCCUCAACCAUGCAAACGGAGGAGGAGGAGGAAGAAGGCUUCCUCCAGCCCUCAAGGCCCGGAGGCCUUCCCAGAGCCCGCUGUAGGCCCGGAGGCCGUCCCAGAGCAGCCCGCUGCCGUCCCAGAGCAGCCCGCUGCCGUCCCAGAGCAAUCUGCUCUUCCUGAUACGGCCACGGAGGCCGGCGCCGAGCUCCUCGCCUUGCCGGCGCCAACCGAGCUCCUCGCCCUGCCGGCGCCACCCGAGCUCCUCGCCCUGCCGGCGCCACCCGAGCUCCUUACCCACGAAACCGCCACGGCCUCCGUUGAAUUCCCCAAGAACUUUUUUGGGGGGGGCCAUAUACCUGAGGGUGGGGAGCUUGUGGGUGGGGACCCUGCACGGCCGCGAUCAUCAGCGGCCUCCGAAUUGCUUGAGCUUGCGGGUGGGGACCUUACACGCCCACGGUUGCCCAAGCCACCUGACCUGCCGUGGUUGCCCAAGCCACCUGACCUGCCGUGGGCGCCCAAGCUACCUGACCUGCCGUGGCCUCCCGACACUCCUGACCCGCCGUGGCUACCCCUGGAACCUGACCCGCCGUGGCUGCCCGUGGCACCUGACCCGCCGUGGCUGCCCGUGGCACCUGACCCGCCGUGGCUGCCCGUGGCACCUGACCCGCCAUGGCUGCCCGAGUUCCUGGACCUGCAUUGGAGACCCCGUUCCCGUCUGCCAACAGGUCUCCAAUGUACCCACCCCCCCUCCCUAUCUGUGCCAUUUACGCCGUGAGGACGCGCCUUCCGGAAGGGGGGCAUUAUGUCACGAUCACUGUCUGUUCCUGUCAGUUCCUGGACUCCAUUUCCCAUAAUCCUCCUUGCCAAUCACAUGCACACUCCACACCAAUCACCAGUUGCCACAUACAGCUUAGCACACUACCUGGACUAUAAAGGACUUACACACACACCACCUCAUUGCGAAGUCUUGAUUUGCUGUGGUGAUCAUUACUGAGCGUUUUCUUGUGGACUGUCUCCUGGUUUCCGGUUGGAUUGUUUAUUCUUUGUGAUUCUCUGCUGCCUGCCCUGAACCUUGCCUGUGUACUGGACUGUGUUUGUUUGCCGCCUGCCCUGAUCUCUGCCUGUGACCCGAUACUGUUUGUCUGCCGCCUGCCUCGACCAUUGCCUGUCCCUGUUUAUGUUCCUGCCUUUGCCCCUGUCUACCUGUGUAAAUACUGUUCUUAAUAAAGCUUGCAAAUGGA